AUGGUAUAAACUCUAGAUUUAAUCUAUUGUCGCACUAAAAUUGAAACCAAAGAAAAGAGAAAAAAAUCAAGAAAAUAUGGAGAGUCAUGAGGUAUCGACGGUACCCUUCAGUAGGAAGUGUAUGUCAAUGUUUUUUUCUGUUUGUGUGGUAUACGUGUUGCUUUGUGGAGUUGCAACUGUUGAGAGUACCACUUGUGAACAACAGGGUGUCUGCGCAUGCGUGUUUGAAAACGGAAGCAAGAUAGACUUAUCCUUGCUUGGGAAUAAAGAUGGAACACCUCUAAUCAAAGAUAUAAUAGCAUAUGGACAGUAUGGUUAUUCCUUCAACCCGUGCUACCCAUUUAACGAGGAUAAAUGCAUAAAUGUAGCGGCUUGUCAGAAUGAUGGGAUCGGCAAUGUAUAUGCCAUCGGAGACGCCAGCAGCGCUAACUUGACGUAUUUUGCUUCCUCAGGUAUCUUAGCUGGCGUAUACACCAGUUUGGGCGACUUUGGUAAAACGAGGACUUCGAUAGUGUCUUUUGUCUGUGACCCUGCUGCAGAUAUACCCAAACUAGAGGUUUUCGGGGAAGGACCAGAGCUUACAUACAAAUUUGCAAUAACAUCAAAACACGCUUGCAUACCGGAACCAACACCUAUCCCAACAUCCACUGAAACACCAAAGAAAAGUUGUCAUACGAACUAUGGAGAUUUUAUCAAAAGAUGCGAAAUUGAAUACGAUGGUCACCAAGAGCCUGUCAAAGUUCUGUUUAUUCGAAACUGGAACGGAAGCUGCAAAUUUCCCACUAACAAGGAUGUUGCUGUUUCUAUUUACUCGGAGAAUUCGACGUGUGCUGGAGUGACUAACAGAUGUAGUCCAGUUCAAGCAUUUUCAGUCAAUGGAGAAGUCUGCAAAGAACUGAACUGAUGCACUUAACAUUGCAUAAGAAGACUUUUGUUGUAUAUAGUCAUUAGAAGUUUGGCAUGAAUUUACACUUGCUUCAAUAUUAUGAAUUUUUUUUGUAAUUUAUAUUUUAUUUCCAGAGAAACUCCUUUUACAUGUUAGCAUAAUACAGCAUAAAUUUUUCAGUAAAUCAAUAGCAUGAUAUGUAGAAUUACAAACAGAUGACUGCACAUAAUACAUAGUGACAAAGUCAGUGAAUAACAACAACAACAGUCGUGAAUAUUCUAAUGCCAGCAAAGAUA